AAAUGAAAAAAAUUUCUGCAGCCGCAAUUUUAAUUUUAAAAUCCGCGCCGCAAUCCGCAGGAUUUGAAGUAUUAGGGAAGCUUUCUUUUGAUAUCAGUGAUUUAGAGAAAUAUAGAAGAUUAGAAAUUUGAAAAGAUUGAGAGAGAUAUAAUGAGAUUUGUAAUAAUAACAAGGGAUAACAGAGGAUUAAGCCUGAGAACGUGAAUUCACGGUUUUCCCGGUAAGGGUCCCCACGGUCAACCUUCAGAACCCGUUUCCCGGACCAGGUUUUUU